AGCAUAAGCGAAGUGUUACGAACUUGGACAAAGCAAAAAAUGGCUGCUGAAGUUUGAUUUCAUGGUGACGAAUUAAGAUACUGUGAAAUAAAAUCGGAAAAAUUACACCGUCGCACACCUUAAAUCACUUUUUGUUUGUGUUAAUCGUAUAAUGAAUUCAGUGUCUAAAAUGGCUGAUCAAUUAAAGUCAACUUACACAACAAGUCGUUCGUAUACAGGUGAUUUCGUUGUAGGAGGAAAGUAUCGUGUCAUACGAAAAAUUGGAAGUGGAUCCUUUGGUGAUAUCUAUUUGGGAAUAAGCGUCGUAUGUGGCGAAGAAGUUGCCAUAAAAAUGGAGGCUCUCAAUGCCCGCCAUCCUCAACUUCUAUACGAAUACAAACUGUACAAAUUAAUGAUGGGUGGAGUUGGUAUUCCACGGAUUCGAUAUUAUGGCCAAGAAAGAAACUACAAUGUCCUCGUUAUGGACUUGUUGGGGCCAUCUCUAGAAGAUCUAUUUAAUUUUUGCACACGACAUUUUACAAUAAAAACCGUUCUGAUGUUAGUCGAUCAAAUGAUUGGUCGUUUGGAGUUUCUUCAUUGCAAGCACUUCAUUCAUAGAGACAUUAAACCUGAUAACUUUUUGAUGGGCAUCGGACGUCAUUGUAAUAAGCUGUUCCUAAUCGACUUUGGAUUAGCUAAGAAAUACCGAGACAUUCGUUCACGCAUUCACAUAGCGUAUCGCGAAGACAAGAAUUUAACGGGCACCGCUCGAUAUGCAUCGAUAAAUGCUCACUUGGGUAUCGAACAAUCACGUCGGGAUGAUUUGGAAUCGUUGGGCUAUGUUAUGAUGUAUUUUAAUCGAGGAUCGCUGCCGUGGCAAGGACUCAAGGCCACCACAAAGAAACAGAAAUACGAACGCAUUUCCGAAAAGAAAAUGUCAACACCCAUAGAAGUACUGUGCAAAGGCUUUCCAGCUGAAUUUGCAAUGUAUUUGAAUUAUUGCCGUACAUUGCGCUUUGAUGAGUCACCCGACUAUAUGUACUUAAGACAGCUGUUUAGAAUUCUAUUCCGAACUCUGAAUCAUCAAUAUGACUACACGUUCGACUGGACCAUGCUGAAACAGAAGCAAGCAGCAAAUGCAAUGACACAGGGCAACGCUGACGGUCGAGAGGAAGGACGCGAGAAAGAAAUUAAGCUUCAAGCAACUACAGAGUUAAAAUAGAAUUAAAAACAAAAAACAACAAAAAAAAAGAAACAAAACAGAAAGGAAAAAGAAGAAACAAAAGAAAUUACAAAAAAA